AUGGAUUUCAAACACCAGGAAGAGAAGCCACUCCGAGCUGAUUCGUUUAGAAUACAGGAGCCUCAAUGCAGAACAGCUCCACAGGGAAAGUUCGUAAGCAGAAGUGUGAUCGCCACAGUGUUUGCAUUGAUUAUAGUACUCAUUAUUUUAGUUGUUGUCCUGGGGUCUUUGCUCGGCAAAGAAAGAUGUCCUAGAAGGGAGAAGUUUAAAGGAAAUAAAGUCAUUCUGUACAACAGCUAUUUCAUUGUCUGUAGUUUCCGUGUGAUCUUUUACACAUCACCAAUUCACAUUUUAUUUUCAGGAACGAUAAAUCCCGAAACCACACUUCCAACAACAGUCCCUAAUCCUACAACGCGUGGGAAUGACAUCUGGUGGAGUGUACGCCUUCCGAAGCAUAUCACACCCAAACAUUACGAUGUUUUAAUUUCCGUUGACCUGAAGAAGUUCUUAUUCAGUGGUGGAGUCACUAUUUUGAUCGAUGUGAAACAAGCAACAGAGUAUAUUUUGGUUCAUACCAACAAACUGGAAAUAACUUCGGUCGCUGUCCAGCGGUCCUCUGGUGGAGACGUUAGAGUAAUGAGUCACUUCUGGUUUAAGAUGAAUCAGUUCUACGUUAUUCAGCUGGACGGCUGGUUACAACCAGGAGAGUAUAUUAUUAAUGUAGCGUAUAAAUCUGAACUGAGAGAAGAUUUGGGAGGAUUCUACCGAAUGACGUACAAGCGGAAAGACGGCACUACAAUUCCUCUGGCUGCUACCCAGUUCUCCCCAUCAUAUGCACGUGAGGCAUUUCCAUGUUUUGAUGAACCAGCAAUGAAAGCAACGUUCAACGUGACCAUCGCUCAUGAUCCUGGUGUGACUGCUAUCUCAAAUAUGCCUGUUUACCGUACUGAGGAGAAAGACGGAUGGAAAUACGAUUACUUUGAGAAGUCUGUCGUCAUGUCUACCUAUCUGGUGGCUUUUGCUGUCUGUGAUUUUAAACACACCGAGUUUAAAUUGACCAAAGAUGGAAAGACGGUGCGGAUGUAUGCACCCGCGGAGCAGAUUGAUCAAGUGGAAUACGCUUCUCAAAUCACAGAUAAACUUUUUAGUUUUUUCCAGGAAUACUUUCAGAUACCAUACGCGUUGCCAAAAACAGAUAUGAUUGCUAUUCCAAAUUUCAUUUUUGGUGCAAUGGAGAAUUGGGGGCUUAUAACCUAUAGAGACUGGAAUCUACUCUUCAAACCAAAUGUAUCCUCAGCAGCCAAUAAACAGAGAGUUGCCGAGGUCGUUUCCCAUGAAAUCGCUCAUCAGUGGUUCGGAAAUCUUGUCACCAUGGAAUGGUGGGAUGAUUUUUGGCUGAAUGAGGGAUUUGCCAGUUUUAUGGAGUUUUCUGCCACGGAUUUUAUUCAUCCAGAGUGGAAAAUAGAAGAUCAACUAGUUGUAAACGAUAUGUCAAUAGCAUUCGCCGAGGAUGGCCUGGCAAAUUCACAUCCAAUCAGAAUUCCUAUCGCAAGACCCGAUGAGAUCAAAAAGAUUUUUGACUCUAUCACUUAUGAAAAGGGAGCAUGCAUUCUGCGUAUGCUGGAGGCUUAUCUUGGAAAAGAGAUUUUUAGGAAAGGAUUGAAGCGUUAUUUAAAAAGGUUCGAGUACGCCAAUGCCAAUACAAUGAAAUUAUGGGCUGCCUUAAGAGAGGAGAGCUGUUACCAGGGGAGAUGUGUGGAUGUUGAUCACAUGAUGAAUACGUGGACCCUUCAAAUGGGUUACCCUGUAAUCAAUAUCCGACAUUCGACAGGCGACCAAUAUUCAGUUUCUCAAGAAAGGUUCCUCUACCGUUCUGAUGCAAACAUCACGACCGAGUAUAGAUCACCGUACAAUUAUAAAUGGUUUAUACCAUUAACGUACAUCACGUCUUCAGCGCCAAGUAAAGUCAUUCUGAAAGACAUCAAUAUGACGUCUGGAAAUAUAACUUGGAAUGGAAGAGGUUGGAUUAAAGGAAAUGUGGGCCAGAAGGGAUUUUAUAGGGUCAACUAUGACGAUAAGAACUGGGAUGCACUUGCUGAAGCACUGAAGACUGACCACAAGUUAUUCAAUAUUUCGGACCGGGGAGGUGUUAUAGAUGACGCGUUUGAGCUGGCGAGGAGUGAAAAGCUUAACUACACAAAGGCAUUGGAAUUAACGUCAUAUCUACGUGCUGAAGAAGAAUAUGUUCCCUGGCAAACGGCCUUGAAGAGCUUCAAUUUUAUAAGAAGCCUAUUAACUCCAUCUAGACCAGGGUACAAAUACUUGCAGAAAUACCUUGUCUACCAGGCAGAACCUAUCUAUAAAAGACUUGGCUUCACUGAUGAAGGUUCUCACCUAGAAACUUUCCUGCGACCAGCUAUCUUAGAAAUUGUUUGUGAUGCAAAGGAUAAAGAGUGCCGAGCAAAUGCUUCGAAAUACUUUCGUGAUUGGAUGAGAGAUCCAUUUCAGAACCAGAUACCGGCAAAUUUCCGCUCUUUGGUUUAUUAUUAUGGUAUCGCUAAUGGAGGUCAGGAAGAGUGGAACUUUGCUUUUGAUCAAUUGCUGCAGACUUCUGUGGCCUCCGAGAGGAUGAAGCUCGUGCACGGAUUAGCUGCAUCCCCAGAGCCAUGGAUUCUAAGCAGGUUUCUCCAACUCUCGCUGGAUAAAACAAAGAUAAAAUCCUCAGAUGCACCACUCGUAAUCGGAAAAGUCGCCGAGACUAGCCCAGUGGGGCAGCAGAUAGCUUGGGAUUUCAUAUUAAAGCAUUGGAAAUUAUUAGAAGAACGGUACGGUGAAUCCCUUUACAUCCUCAGGGGCGUAUUAGAUUCAGUGACUAGUGGCUUCACGAAUGAAUUUCAACUUCAGCAGCUUUUAAAUUUUGUGGAAGGAUACGACAAUGGGUCUGGAUUGAGCAGCCAAUCUUUAUCACAAGUGGUCGAGAGAGUGAAGUCCAAUAUAGCAUGGAUCAAAAGAAACGAAAAAGACCUGGAGAACUGGCUUAAAUUUUUCUUCUCUAAAAGAAGAGAGUAAACAAAACAUGGUUUUGACUUAAGCGACCCAGCUAAACACUAAUAAACCAUUUAGGAUUACUUCGAAAUAAAAAUGCGUAUUAUUAUAACACAACAAAUGCAGUUUUAAAAGGUAAAGCUCAGCGGGUGAGCGGCAGAAUAAUUCUAAAAUCAAUUAACCAUUUCUCUCUGUGAUGAAUACCAUAAACUGAUGAGGUGAAACUCUCUCUCCUUAAGGUCGAUUACGGAUUUUGUGCUCAGAAAAAUGUUUUAGCCAUUCGCUAAGAAACUAAUUGUAAAUACGCCAAAACAGUCUUGGCAGAGCUGCUUGUGAAACUACCCAAUGGGUCAAUCAAACGAGUGAUUGGUUGGAGGAAAAAAAAAUAGACAGUCAAAGACUGCUACUGGCAUAGCACAACGUUUAUAGCAUUGAAAAGAACUGGAGGUUGUAUAAUGAUGCAGGAGGUAGUGUUGCAGAAUGUUUGUCUCACAUGCAAAGCAGAAAAGCUGCCGCAUCCCACGUAUUUAUAAGUACCCUGUUCCACAAGAGAAAGAUGAUUCAAGAA